GGCCAAGUCAGGACAGGCGAGCUACAUGGAGGGUGACAGCCAGAACACCCCCGACCCGCGGGACCCCCCUCCCGCCCCUGUGCACCAGCAGCUGCACCCGGACGCAAAGCUGGCGGCACCGGGGGCAGCAGCGGGGGCGGGAGCACCCUCACCGCAACCGCUCUUCGCAGCUUUCGGCGGGCGACAUGGGCAGGGCGGGGCGGCAGCAGCGGCAGCAGCGGGGGGCCAGCAGGGCGGGGCAGCAGCUGCCGCCGCGGCAGCAGCCGCAGCCGAGAGCCGCGCCGCGCUGCUGCAGUUGCUGACUCCGCUCAUGGAGGGGGUACGGCACCUGGCGUCGUACCGCUGCUCCGAGGCGAUUGCGGCGCUGGGCAAGCUGCCGGUGUCGCAGCACCGCACGGCCUGGGUGCUGUGUGCGCUGGGGAGGGCUUACUUUGAGAGCAUGGACUAUGCGAAAGCAGCGCAGAGCUUCGAGCAGGCCCGCCAGCUGGAUCGCACACGUGUGGAGGGCAUGGAGCUGUACAGCACGCUGCUGUGGCACACGCGCCGCGAGUACGAGCUGAGCCACCUGGCGCAGGAGUGUAGCGCCACGGACCGCCUGGCGCCGCAGACGUGGUGCGUGAUGGGCAACCUGUUCAGCGGGCAGAAGGAGCACGAGGCGGCCAUUGAGUUCUUCCUGAGGGCGGCGCAGGUCGACCCCACCUUCACCUACGCCUACACGCUGGCGGGUCACGAGUACCUGGCCAACGAGGACUUCGACAAGGCCGCCGCGUGCUACCGCUCCGCACUCAAACUGGACCCGCGGCACUACAACGCCAUGUACGGUUUGGGUCAAAUUGCGUACCGGCAGGAGAAGUACGGCGAGGCGCUCCAGAACUUCCGGCUGGCAGCCGCCGUGAACCCGCGCUCCUCCGUUCUGCGUUGCUACGUGGGCAUGAGCGCCGCCAAGCUGGGGCAGCACAGCCUGGCGCUGGAGAAACUGCAGGAGGCGAUCCAGCUGGACCCCGCCAACCCGCUGGCGCGCUACGAGCGAUCCGCGGUGCUGGCCUCGCUGGAUCGGGUGCAGGAGGCCCUCUCCGAGCUGCAGGCACUGCAGCGGGUGGCGCCCGGGGAGGCCAGCGUGGCCUUCCAGAUGGGCAAACUGUACAAGCGGCAGAACAACCUAACGGCGGCCCAGCAGUCCUUCGAGCUGGCCCUCAGCUACAGCGGCGGCAGCUCCAGCGACGCGGCCACCAUCAAGGCGGCCAUCGAGCGACUGAGCCUGGAGGAGGACGAGGACGAGCAGGAGAUGUGAGGGGGGGGUGACAGGGGCAGGGGCAGCAGCAGCGGCGGCUGGUUAAACACAGCAGCACCCGCGGCUGGUCUAGGAAGGGGCGCUAUCGGGGGCGCUGGGGGGUAAGGAGGAAGAAACGGACGAGCUGUAGGACAGGCAGGCUUCACCAAGGGCUAGGAGGGGCGGCUUUUGAAAGGGCGUUGCGUGUGGCUGGCUUGGGUUAGUUGGGUGCUUGGGGAUGUGCAGAGGCGGGUGCAUGGAGGUAUGUGAUGGAGGGCGUUGCAGGGCCUUGCUCGCCCUCUUCUCUUGAAGCAUUUACAUAGUUAAUAAUGGUUUAGCCGUUAGGUCUGAUUGGGGGAUUGGGGAGGAGGAUGGGUUUGAGGGGGGGUGUACGGAGUGCGCUGGGAAACAGGAUCAGAAGGCGGUGGCUGGGGUGAUGCCGGUGGGAAGGGGAGGCUCGACGAGCUACGGCUUUGUGUGGGGGACCUAGGGAGUAGAGCGGGAGCUUAAUUUGGGCGUGCAGAUGCGUUUUCAGGCAUACAUGCCACGUGCCAGCUGCCGUGGGGGUAUGUUGCGAAAGACGGGUGUGGCAGGAACAUGGCAGCCUCGUUGAGGACUACUUGCGUUGCAGGACAGGAGCGGCAUGCCGAGGAGAGCGCUCUCAGGUUGCAGGGUACUGCUGGUCAUCUGACUGGGGUGGGCUGACGAGAGGUUGGUUGGGACGUGAGAGCCCGAGGAAACAGGGAGCACGGUAGUCUGGGUGGGAGGUAUGUAGGCAGGCGAAUGCAAACGAACUGUGAGGAAAGAGGUUGUGUCUUAGGUAGCCUACUUCGUAGAUUGUGGUAUGCACGUGUUUGACACAUUUAGUCAACGAGGUCACGUUUGCAUGAUGUCGCCAUCCGUUGUGAGGGAGAAUACGUCGAAGGGGGCGGUCGCGGCUUCAUGGUAUGACGACCCAGUCGUACGAGAUUGACACCCCGCAACACGGGGUUACGACUGGCGAGUUCUGAAGACGCCAGCUUGGGGGAUGUCGGAGGAAGGAUGGUAAAGAUCUCCAAUUGCAGGAGGGCAGUCAGCUGCGACGUUUACCAAGGCAGUUUAGGUUUGACAAACUCAGG